AUGAUCCCGCCGGGCGAGUGCACGUACGCGGGGAGGAAGAGGAGGAAGCCCCUGCAGAAACAGAGGCCCGCCCGGGGGGCCGACAAGUCGAACCCGUCCAAGCGGCACCGGGACCGCCUGAACGCCGAGCUGGACCACCUGGCCAGUCUGCUGCCGCUUCCCCCCGACAUCAUCUCUAAGCUGGACAAGCUUUCCGUCCUGCGCCUCAGCGUCAGUUACCUCAGGGUGAAGAGCUUCUUCCAAGUCGUGCAGGAGAAGUGCUCGGCGGCCGGUGCCCCCUCACUGGGAGGUCGUCCUCGCGGAGGGUCCGCCGUGCUGGAGGGACGGCUGCUGCUGGAGUCUCUGAACGGCUUCGCCCUGGUCGUGAGUGCAGAAGGGAUGAUAUUUUAUGCGUCAGCAACGAUCGUGGACUAUCUGGGCUUCCAUCAGACGGACGUAAUGCACCAAAACAUCUAUGACUACAUCCACGUGGACGACCGCCAAGACUUCAGCCGGCAGCUCCACUGGGCCAUGGACCCCCCCCAGGCGGUGUGUGGGCAGCCCCCGCUCUCAGACACAGGUGAGGACGCCGUCCUGCGCAGGCUGCUCGGGGCCCAGGAGGGGGCUGCGGGCGCGCCGGCCGAGUACGCCGCCUUCCUGACCCGCUGCUUCGUCUGCCGUGUGCGCUGCCUGCUGGACAGCACCUCCGGCUUCCUGACCAUGCAGUUCCAGGGAAAGCUGAAGUUCCUGUUCGGACAGAAGAAGAAGGCGCCGUCGGGAACAGCCCUGCCCCCCCGACUCUCUCUGUUCUGCGUGGCGGUGCCCGUGCUCCUGCCGCCCGCGGCGGAGACGAAGAUGAAGAGCUUGUGUCUGAGGGCAAAGCACAGGGCAGACGCCGGGGAUGCAAAAGUAAAAGCCGCCGCGAGCCUGUGUGAACCAGAACCGCACGGAAAACCCGACUGCUUCGCAGGGAGAAGCCGCGGAGAAAGCAGCGUGUUGGUGUUCAGGACGCAGACGGAGGCUGGCCGCUGGGCCCGCGUUCCCGCCGGCACCCCCUGCCUGUGCCUCGGGGGAGGCCCCGACCUCGUCCUGCACCCCAGGGGGCCCGGAGGGGACAGGGAAGAGCGGGAGCAGGAGAGACCGUGCAGCUCCUCUGGAGCGAGGAGGCCGCGGGAGACACGCGCCCACCAUGGCCACUGUGAGCUGCUGGGACCCACGAGGUGCCUGGACUGGGCAGCGGGAAAGCACGCUGAAGGUGGGGGUGUGAUGUCAAGGCUGCAGACCAGCAAAAGCGACCUGUUCUCCGUGCACCCCGUGCCCCGCGGCUCCUGCCCGCCUUACCCUGGUGCGCGGGGCACGGUCAGUGCUGGAGGCAUGGCCACUUUCAGAAGUGCACCCGUCCCCCAGUCGCCGGGCCAGCCCCUCGGUGCUUGCUCCAGCCGGGUGACCAGGCUCCUGCGGGACGUCCACGGGGGCCAGGAGCACUCUCUCACUGCCCUCUAUCCCCCGGGGAGCCUGGAGAACCUGCCCCCUCAGCCUGGGGUGCAGCGCUUUCCCACGGGGGGCUACCCCACCGAGGCCCCGAGGCUGCAGAGUGGGCAGUUGCCCCCGGGCGGCCCGUGCGGUCCCGCGUUGCCGCUGGGCGUGCCCAUCAAGAUGGAGAAGGACUCGGGGUCGGAGGACGCAGCAGAUGGCUACACACCCAGCCAGGCAUGGCUGGGGGCCGGUGACGUGGCCAAACGUCAUCUGGCCACUUUGCCUACGAGGAUGCACCUGAAAACAGAGCCAGAGUCCAGGUACCAGGUGUACACACCACACCUGGGACACUGCAGGGCCCCUGCCAGGCCCAGCGGGGAGCUGGUCCCCUUCCACCCGGCACACUGUGCCUGCCUGGAGCACACGCACCCCCUGCCCCAGCAGGGCCCUCCCCGCCCCCUCUGUGCGCACCGGCCCCCGGCUCCGGGCUGCUCCUGCGGAGCUGCUGGGGCAGCCCCUGUGGUCAAGCGCGAGCCCCUGGACUCGCCCCAGUGGGCCACCCACAGCCAGGGGGCGGUGCCCGGGAUGUUCCCCAAAAGUGCCUUGGUGCCCCCAGUCCCGCCCAGAGCCCCCGAGCGCACUUUCCUGCCGUAG